AUGGUCCACCAGCAGCCACAAAUGAUGAUGCAACCUGGACAAAUUCCACAGCCAAUGCAGCAACAACAACAACCCAUGGUUCAGCAGCAGCUGCAGCAGCAGCAUUCCGGGCAACCACCAGCACAAGGGACAUUGCCGCCUCAGCCACCACCAGCUAAUACUAAUGAUACUACGGCUGUUCCCACCAAGGCAUCCGUGGCAACCCCUCCGGAAAAAGCCAAUUUGGGAUUUGCUCCCACCAAAGCUCUCAGCAAAAAACACGAAGUCUUUCUACAAAAUGCCACGGAAAACAAUUCCCCCGCUCGCCCCUUGUACUCGUUUCAAGUCACCAAAUUACGCUCCUGGAGGACCGGCUAUGUCCGUCUCUUGCGGCUCUACGCCGACCAUUUUUGUACGUUGGAUCCGGAAACCCAUCAAGUCACCAACACGUGGCCGUACACGGCAUUGGCCGAUUGGUUGGCCAUUCCCAAAGAAGACGAUACAAUCCUCUUGCAAGUUGCCAAGGACAAACUCAAAUUCAAAUGUCAUACCAAUCGCAGUACGGUAUUGACCGCAUUGUUGGAAUGCAAAAAUGAAUCGGCAGCCACAUUGGCGCAACAGCAACAACAACAACAAGACCAAAAUAAUAACAACAACAACAAUUGGAUUGUCAUUCCCUUUCCACAAUGCCAACGACAAACGCGCAAAAUGACACGCGUUCCCGUGUCGUUGCAUGCCACUCCCUUUGGUCUGGUCGAAUUGUCACCCGCCACACGCAAGGUCAUUCAGACGUAUCGGUACACGGACAUUGCCGCGGCGUCCUUCACCACCGACGAUCCACGCGGUAUUGUCCUCUAUCACGCCAAGAAUACCGAUACCCAAGGACAUGUCCGGGUCGGACGACUCUACUUUAUUCAUUCGGCACGACAGGGUGGCAAUGGUCGCAGUGAUUUAUUGACCAUUCUGCAAGAUCAUUAUACCAUUUUAGGACUCGACCCGAUUGACAUGCGGCCCAGUACGACGGUGCAAAAAUGGAUGGAAGCACGACGGGACAUGGCCAGUCAUGUUGGACCCAUUGCCACCACGUGGGCCGUGAGUAAAACAACACGACGACAUCAUGUCCAAUGCGUCGGACCUAUGGAUGGGUGGGUCGGCGGCAUUGUAUCACGACAAUUGGUCAUUACCGGACGUGGGUAUUUGAUGGAAAAAGAUGGAGCGGGUGUGGUCAAUUGUAGACCACUUUCGCAUUUGCAUUCCAUUGUACGAGUGCCGCAUCGGGAUUUGUUGUUGACUGGACAGCAACAACAACGAGACGACAAUAAAAACGACAUUACACAGAACAAGAGUGGUGGCGACCAGUUGGUACUGGAAUUCACCCAUGGAUCUACGUGUACCUAUACUUGUAGCAAUCGGGAUGCCUUGUUGGUGUCGUUGCUCGAUGCCACCAUGACCCUCGGGAAGAAAGCAACAGUACAGCUUUCCGAUGUGCGGUGUGCGGGGUACUGCCUGUCGUCAUUGGAGGAUGACACAGAAGUGGAACCAGCUCCUUCUUCGGCAGCCUCGUCGCUGUUCCAACCCAUUUCGAUUCCCGUGCACUGUCUGAAUCGAGUCUAUGCCGUAUCCAUUGCAGCCUACGCCUUUGUGACGCAUGCUGGAGAAACGGUGGAUCCAGCCAGUGUACCCAUCAACGUGGUGCAGCAAUGCCAAGUAGUUGUGGAAGCUUGUCGAGAAUUCAAUGCAAGUGUCUUACCAACUGGUGAAGGACUUCCCUUGGGCGAAAAAGAUAAAACCAUUGCCGGAACCAUUGGAGCCCUGUGGGGGCUGGUGUAUGAACUCUUGCGUGUGCCGCCCAACAUGUCCCAGCUGCAAUCACAAUUGCACGUCCGGGAUCGCCAAGCGGCGGAACAAAUUGCUUGCACACUACUUCAAUCGUUGUAUCGAUUGUCGCAAACAACAACUGGAUAUAAAGUCACCGUGGAGUUGACAACGAUGCAAGACUGUAUCCCUCUGAUCUGGCAGAUCAAGGACGACUUUGGCAAAUUUUGGGCCUUUCGAACGCUUUCCAUGUUAGUCAGUGGAAAACGAGGGAAAAUGCCACAGCUGCGAGAUAUGGAGCUGGAGUUUGUCAACAAAAAGGUCAUUCUGACAAGGGGUGGACCGACGCUUGUCAAUGGUCUCGUCAACGCUUUGCUGGAAUCUGGACAAUACGUCAACAAUACCAAUGGAUCAAGAGAGCAACGUGUGAAUGACUUGAUUUUGAUGGUGAUCAGCGACAUUUUGCAAUCCAUCUUGUGCUCGUAUCAUGAUACCACGACUCCUGAGCACUUCCAAGCAUUCAUCGUAGCGUUGUCCAAAGGAUACAAAGCCUUGUUGUCGGCGCUAAGGUCGUCGACACCUUUCGUAGUUGAGAAUGUGGCCCUGCUGUUGCACCUUUUAUCCACUCAUGCACCUGGAACAUCCGCAAAAAUCAGAGACGCAGCCCUGAGCUCUGCAACGCUGCUACAUCAUUUCCACGCGGCAAUUUUCAGUCCGAUGGAAGGACAACGCUUCCUGAGCCGCUAUUUGUGCAGCCUGUGGCUGUCGGGGCCUAUGGAUUGCGAUGAGAAACGGCUUUUGAAACGGAUGGUGCCGGGUGGGUUUCUCAACUUUAUGUCGAUGCCACCCCUAAGUAGAAUGGAAGAAGAGCAACUCGAUGCUCUAGAGAGAGACAAUGCCAUUGAAGGCAACAUCUCGGAUAGAUACAUGACGACGGUGAGUCUCGAUGACGACGGAGAUCCCACCGUUGCAACUGCUAGCGAGGCAGCAAGUCAAACCGGCGCAGCAGGCACCAACACAGCAAGGCUUCGAUCCCGGAUUGCUCUGGCAUCAGCAACGGCCAAAAACAAGCCAAUCGCGGGUGGUCAACAACAGCGAAGCCCCAGAGACAACUCGAAACCGUCACAUCCUGAAAACUUUCGUAUCUUUUUCCACGUGCUGACGAAAGACCAUAACUUGGCGGACCUAAUAUGGAACCAACAAACCAGGAGGGAGCUUCGAAUAGCGCUUGAAAGCGAACGACAAUACAUAUACAGGGAAGCCGAGGCUAGAGGAAUCGAGAAUAUUGCUUGGAAUCACCAACAAUUCUCUGUUGAAUAUCCGUCUCUGAUCAACGAGGUUAAGGUGGGCGGGACACGUGGAGUGUACAUGCGCCUCUGGCUCCAAGCGGGCGAUGCGUUUAUAAAAACCUGGGAUGAACCUUUGCGAUUGUUUGAACAAUUGUUUCGACGAUUUCUGUGCGAAUCAGACAGAAAUCCAAAGGUGACUGUUAUGUGUGUCCGGUGUCUUGAGCGUCUCUAUGCCAUACACGCACGUACAAUCGGUCCCUUUUCCGAUGCAAUGAUACUGGUUCGUUCGAUGGCUUCAACUCGGAGCAUAGAGACACAACAUCGACUUCUCGGUUUGGUAGCGACAAUUCUGGGCGUCUCACGUAACGACGACGGUGAUGACGACGAGGGCAUACACAUCCCCGAGAACGCAGAGCAACUUCUCAAUGCCGAGAGUAUCGAACAACUAUGCCAAUUUGUUGCAUGGGGCCACACCAAUGGCGUCCAAGUAGGCAAUCUGCUGACAACGGUCCUUUCGAGCAACCAAAAACUUCUUACAGAUGGCACCAAUUCUGGUCCAGGUGGCGCGGAGAAUGAAGGAACUGGAGAGAAACAAUCCGCAAAUGCCGCACCAGACUCUUCCUGUCCUCCGGUCUGGUUUACAGCAAGAACUGGUCGCAUCCCUCCACCAGAGGAGUCAAUACGUGGUCCCUUUCGUGUGUCGGAGCUCGCAACAAUGAUGAGUAAUGGAGAUUUAUCGCCCUUUGACUUGGUCACCGCCAUCCAUAGUGAGAGUUACGACGAUGAAGAUGACGCUGGUAGUGGCGGUGUGAAAGAGGCCCAAAUCGACACUGGAAAAUGGAAACGUGUGGAGCAAGUGUGGCAGCUACGAUGGCAAUUGUGCACUGACGGCAGUGGUGGGGGGAUUUACUCUCCUUCGGAUGUGGCUCUCUUGGCGAUCAGAUCCUUGACGCGAUUGGUCGAUUUGCACAGGAGCUUGGACAGCUCAGGAGUACCUUACUACCCUAUUCCAAUUGCCAAACGAGUGCUAUGUGGGCUUAGUAGGGACCCAACACGAUCGUCUGACCCCUCACAGUCCCAAGCGUCGCUACAGCGAGACUCGUUCUUGUCCAUCAUAGCCCAAGCUCUGCUCUGCAACGAUUUCCGGGUGGUGGGCCAGGCUUCGGAGGUUCUACACAAGCUCAUGAUGCACAACGAAGAAGCCAUCGCGAAGUUCUACCUGACUGGGAUAUACUUCUUCAUUGGUUGCUACACAGGCUCCAAUUUCAAGCCACUGGCAAAGCUUUUGCAUGCAACUCACCUGAAACAACACUUCAGGUCUGGCUUUGCAGCCGCGGCAAACGAAAGCGAACUGCCGAUGAAGGACAGAAGUGUUCUAGGGAACAUGCUCCCGGAAGGUCUAUUGUUCAUUUUGGUCAACUAUGGGUUUGAGCGGUUUUCGGAGAUUUUUGUCUCAAGCUAUGACACGCCCGAGGUGAUCUGGGAUUUCGAUAUGAGAAAACAUCUUAUUGAAAUGAUUCGCCAGCAUCUGGGUGACUUCCCCAAGCGUCUCUGGCAAAACACAACCGCUCGGUACGAAUUCUGUCCCAUCCCUGGUGUUUCCUACAAGAGACUCGAAAAGGAGAUAUUCUGCCACAACUACUACUUGGCAAAUCUGUGUGAUGAGGUCAGGUUCCCGGAUUGGCCAAUUUCGGAGCCUGUCGAAGUCUUCAGAGCAUGCCUCGAAGAACUGAAGAAGCAGCUGACCCGCGACGAAACAGAAGAAGAAGUUGCAUUGGAAAGCGCAAGAAAAGUUCUAGAUCUCAAACAAGGCGACGGUUCGAAAGAGUUGCGAAAGGCAUACAGGUCUCUGGCUCGAAAAUUCCAUCCAGACAAGAACCCUGCUGGGCGAGAAACUUUUGAGGCCAUCCAAGCCGCUUAUGAGCUUCUACUUCCGAUUGUGGAAAGUGGCCAGAAGAUUCGGGUAUUUAGCGACGACGGUGGUGACGACGGGGAUGGCGAACAAGAAGAGAAUGUUUUUGAAGGAUUUGGGGGUGGUCGUUCGCAGAUGCAGGCAAUUCACUUGCUCAUCAAGACGCAGCUUCUCAUUUGCAAACGAUACGAGAAAGAAAUGAGCAAGUACAAGUAUCCAGCUUACCGAAUGGUGCUGUCUUGCUUGGAAAUCCCCCCUUCAAGCAAGGAAGCACUCCAAAAGGAGGACCCCAGUGCGCUUCUGUUUGCAGUGCUCUCUAGUGUGAAGCGCGCCGAAUUUAUGAAGACAACCGUUGCCCUUGUCUUUCAGACCUGUUUGGUGUCUCCGCUGAACUCUCAGGAAUUGAUUGUGGAGGGUGGAGUCGCCAUUCUUGAUUCCCUUCUCAAUUACUACAUCCGAGUCGCGCAAGCCACGAGGAAGGGCGGAUCAACAGAGUUUGAUGCUGAAGACUGCAUCAUCGAAAUCCUCUCGCACAUUGUACACACCAUUGCAGGAGUGGCAUUCUUUGAAAGUGGGCGUGCCGCGAUCCUCGCACUUGAGAACCCGACGCGACUGUGCAUCAAUUGGAGACGAUGCAUCGACAUGAGGUACUUGAGUGUUUCCAAGAGGGAAAACAUUGGCGAUUCCGCAAUCAAACGCUAUGCCCUGGAGGGUGUUGCCAAUAUGGCAAGAGACGAAAAGCUGCAAGAGCUUCUCAUUGGUUGUGGCAUUGUUUGGCCUCUCAUCAAAUAUAUGCUGGGAUAUGAUCCAACUCUUGAGCUGGUGGCGAACGUUCAUGACGACCAAGACGAUAUCGGCGUGUCGCAAGCAGCAAGCAAUACCCAGGCUCGUCUUUCCACCCGUGCGAUGGGAAUGCUUUGUGGCGUGCUGCAGGACAAGGCUCUUGUUUCCCCUCGGAAUGACGCCCUGACUUCAGCGUGCAGCAAGCUCUUGACAAGCCCAGUCGCGUUGAUGCUUCGCAACAAACGUACCGGCGAACUUCUGAAGACAUUGAAUUCGAAUGUGGAAACUGCAGCUCGAAUUUGGAAUGUAAGCAUGAGGAACGAGCUCAAUUCAUUUCUUCAAGAGACGGAAAAGAAGCGACCAGAAGCGGAGUGCCAGUCCAUUGAAGAUGAGCUGUCGCGUGUGAAGGACUUCGAGUAUUCACUCCUGAAAGAAGAGCUUCGAAUUGGUGGCGUGUAUAUCCGCGUUUUCAAUCGAAUGGGAAGCGGACGCGAGGCCAUCAGAGAAGUGCCAAAUCCCAGCAUGUUUGCCAAGCACGUCACUGCAUUCAUAGCAAGGAGUAUCAACGCAAGCGAUGAUCUGCCCGACGGUUGGGUUGAAUUGCGCGUUCUUGAUGAAGUCGAUGAAAACGAAGCGUCUCCAUUCGUAAAGGAGGAGUCCUCGCAAACUGUGUCAGUGCGUGGGACCAAGUUCCUUAUGGCCAUCAAGGCAUUGCUUCAACUCGUCCGUGUGGAUGGUCUUAUCGACGAUGUUUUGUGCGCACCUUCGAGUGCUGUGCCGUCAGUCCUUCUCAGCCUUCUGGAGCUUCCCCAAGAUUCCGAGACGUUCGAUAUCGGCUGUGAUAUCCUGUCUAUCAUGAGCCCGAAGCAGCCGUUUGCUGAUUCCGUGUCGAGACAGGGAGCUCUUUGGCGGCUGUUGUCGGUGCUUGAGCGCCCUGAUCCGAUCGAAAUGCAAGAAACUGCCGAGUCCUCUGGUGAUGAAGACAGAGCGAUCAUCAGAAGAAAAGUGAAAGGAUGGGCACUGAUGGAAUCCUUAUCGUCGUCGCCUUCUGUGGCGACGAAAAUGAUCGAAUCAUCGUGCUGGCUGGAACUUCUCGGCAUUCUAGUGGGCUACGCAAAGUUCUCUCGAAUGUGGGCAGCCCGUGUUGGAGCCGCAAAGACCUUGUCUCGCCUUAUGUGGGAUCCACAAACUGGACCGUCAACGGCCCCGCUUCUUCAACGCUUUCUUCCGUCAACACUUGUCGUUCGGCUGAAGGAAGAAGGGCCUGAUGCAAUGCUGAAGCUGUUUGAUGGCGAAAGCGACACACCAGAGCUCAUCUGGGACUCAUCAAUGAGAGCUGAGCUAAGAGGUGCGCUGUCAGAGCAGCUGGAUGAGUGUUUGGUUUUGCGUAAAGAAAGCGGCGAAGACCGCUUCACACUGCCUUCUGGAGUGUUUGUGAAGUACAAGAAGCUCGAGGAUGAGCUUUUCAUUGGCGGAGUGUACCUAUCGCGAUUUCUCAAAGAACCAACAUACAACCUUCGCGACCCGACAACAUUCCUGGAAAUGGUCAUGCAGCGCUGGACACAUGAACUUCAGACGUUCUUCUCCACUGAACUGUCGAGUGAAGAGAAGAAGUCAAGUUCCACCGCAUUGGUGGAUGCUAGUCAAGACACGUUGCAAUUGGUGACAAGUGCCUGCGUCUACCUUUGUAAAGUGCGAGACUCACUUUGUGACAAAUUGGCGCAGUGGGGAUACAUGGAGCGUUGCCUAACGUUCAUCGAUGAAAUUUUGGACAGGCAAUUGUUUGGUUCACCGCUGCUGAGCGUGAUGCGAGUGCUGCACGUGGCUUCUAACCGCAUUGCUAACGUUGAAGCAAUAUGCGUAUCAGGCAGGAGCGACGGCAAGAACAGUGUAGUGGACUACACGAUGAAGUCAAUCAGCUCCGAUACCGACAGUUUGCACCCGGACGCUGCGUUCAUGGUCGAGAUGCUAAAGAAAGUCUUCACUGUUGCACUGGGAGAUGUGAAGAAUGCCCCGAAACCGAUGAAAGGACUGGCCAGUCCAAUGACUGGUAGUAUGUAUGCCAUGGCACCAUCUCCUGCUCCCGGAGACGACCAUGUGAGCAACAUCUUGCACCAAAAGAGUGGCGAAGAGUAUAUUCGUUUCAUGGCACUGGCCAUGGCGCCUUCUCCCGCUCCAGGAGAGGGCUAUGUGCAGCGAGGAAGAGUUGCAGUAGGAGAUGAUCCACUUGCAAUGUUUGGAGGUGCACCAACGGCACCACAGCAGCCCAUGGGAGGUAGUGGCGGCCAAGGCCAUAUGCCACAGCAGGGCUUUAGUGGUGGUUACGCAAGUCAACCAGCACCAAUGAACACUGGCCAAACUUUACCGCAAAGCUUCUCAAAUCAGAGCCAAACCCCACAAAUGCCCAUGGGAGGCUCUUCCUUCAUGCAACAAUCAUCGAUGGCACCGCCAUUUUCUCACGCACAACAACAUGGCAACCAGUCGUUCAGAGGGCAGGGUAUGCAGGGAAUGCCUUCACGGGGAUUCCAGCAGGGUGGGGGAGGUGGAAACCCUUCUCUGGGUGCAUCGUACUCAAACAUGGGGAAUUCAUCGUCGAUGUCAAGCAGUGGAUUCAUGCAGGGUGUGGAUGCGUAUGGGAGACCACAAACGCCUCAAAGCGCAGGUUCGUCGUCUGUUCAAUCGAGUAAACAGCCGGGAAUGUUCCACAAAGCUCUGCUGGGUUUGGCUGGUGGCCAGCCGGCUAGACCAUCGAAUCCCCAGCAGCAGCAGCCCCAGCAAUCUUCGUUCCAGGGGCAGCAACAGCAGCAACAAUAUCAAUCUCAACAAACGAACAGCAUGCAACAGCCACAGCAAUUCAAUCCUAGGCAGCAGCCGCAGCAAACCCAGCAUCGCCAGCAACAGGGAAUGCGGCAACCAAUGGGUCAGCAAGCCAAUCAAGGUAUGAUGCAGUCCCAAAUGUCAUAUCAGCAGGGAGAACAACAUGCAUCAGCACAGGGGCAACCACAACGCAUCAUGCAAUCCAAAAUGUCUUAUCAGCAGGGCCAGGGACUGAUGCAGCAUCAAGGACAACCACAACUUCGGCAACAAAGCAUGAUGCAAGGACAGCAACCACAACCCCAGCAGCAACAGCAACCACAACAUCAUCAUCACGCAACGCAGCAGUCUCAACAGCAACAACAAACACAAGCAAUGAUGCAGCGGUCUCAAAUGCAGCAACCUAGAAUGCAGCAACCUCAUGGAAUGAUGAACCAAGGAGGACAAAUGCAACAGCAGGCCCAACAAGGUGUGAACCAACCCAGACAAAGUAUGCAGCAGCAAGCGCAUCAACAACAGCAGGGAUUGAUGCAGCAGCAGCCCGUGCAACCACAGCGACAAGGAAUGACGCAACAGCAACCAAUGCAGUCUCAACAGGGCAUGAUGCAACCACAAGUGCAAGGAAUGAUGCAGCAGCAUCCGCCAGCAAUGAUGCAACAGCAACAAGGAAUGAUGCAGCAAGCAUUCACACAACUGCAACAUGAGCAGGUGAAUGGCAACCAGGUACAGCAGGCGUCUCAAUUUCAAGUCGAAACUGUCGCGGAUGACAACGAACUCGUUGAUCCUUCCCAACAAAUGAUGAUGCCACAACCAGAACCGCAAGAGGCUCCGCAAUAUCGCCCCACUGCAGUGGCUGGGUCUGGAAUUGAUGCUCGCACCAAGCCUGAUCCGAAAGUAGAAGCAGAGCAAUUGGCUGUUUCAUCUGGGGGAGCUCCGGGAGCUGCAAAUGGUCGUGUGGCUCUACUUCAGUCAGCCCUUGUCAAUGAGCUGCCCAAAUUCUUGUUGGAGGGUGUCCUGGAGAACCCAAGCCUGAAGGGCGUGAAGGAUCCUGCUGCUACCAAAGUGCACACUGUGGAUCUAUUGAAGCUACUUACAGAGGAUCCUGGCUAUGGCAUGAAAUUCCGACUGAUCUUGGACGAAAUGCCAGCCUGGACAAACUACAAAUCUCAAGAUCACUCGUUGUUCAUAACAGGUUCCGAGCAAAAGACAGACUACUUCUUGACAGAUGGAAGCUCGGGCGAGCCCACUAAAAUGCUAACACAAGGAUAG